AUGACAUGCGUAGCAUAUGCUGUCCAAUGCAGCUUCCAUUAUCCACAAGCUCCAGUUCAGACUUAUAACCAGCCAGGAAACUUCAUCAUUGGUGGCAUUGCUUAUCACGCCUGCAUCGUCAACAGUAAAAUACUUUUCACAGAAGAACCCCUGCCAACGUUGACAGAAUCAUUUGUCAUUGUGUCUAAGUAUUACCAACACAUCGCAGCCUUGGCUUUUGCGGUAAAGGAGAUCAAUGGAAACCCUCAAAUCUUACCCAAUCUCACGUUGGGAUUCAACAUCUAUGACAGUCAUAACAAUGCAAAGAAGACCUAUCAUGCCACAAUGCUGCUUCUAUCAGCUCUGGAAAGAUUUAUCCCUAACUACCUAUGUGACAACCAGAAAAAUCUAAUAGCUGUCAUUGGGGGGCUGGAUGCCCAAAUUUCCAUUAAUGUGGCAAACCUCUUGAAUAACUAUAAGAUUCCACAGAUGAGGAAAAUUAUAGGUGUGAUACACAACUAUAUCGUCAUAAACCAUCUCAUAUAUGGCUCUGUGCCAUUGAUGAAUGCUAAAUCCUGUGGACGUUCUUUCUACCAGAUGGUCCCCCAGGAAUCCCUUCAGUACACAGGGAUUCUUUCUUUGCUUCUGCAUUUCAGGUGGACAUGGAUUGGCGUCCUUGUAAUGGAUAAUGAAAAUGGUGAAAGAUUUCUGCAAACAUUGUUGCCAAUGUUUUCCCAGAAAGGUGUCUGCUCUGCCUUCAUAAGUAGAGUGCCUACAUUAACUACUGACUCCCAAAUUGAUGAAAUACUAAAUGAUGGAACAAAAAUAUAUACUGAAGUAAUGAAUAGCAAAGCGAAUGUUGUCCUGUUUUAUGGAGAAUCUAAAUCCAUGGUGUUUUUGAGAUGGAUUCCAUAUUUUGCAGAAAAUCCACCAAAUCUACCCAGAAGUAUAGUGUGGAUAACGACAGCCCAAAUGGAACUCGCUUCACAAUUUUAUCAAAGGGACUGGGAAACAGAAAUAUUUCACGGUGUCCUCUCCUUCACUGUUCACUCCAGUGAUGUACCAGAUUUCAAAUCAUUUGUUGAGAAACGAAAUCCUUCCCAUGCAAAAGGAGAUGGUUUUAUCACGGGCUUCUGGCAACAAGCCUUUGGCUGUGUAUUCCCAAAUCCAGAUGUGGGAGAUGUGAAAGGGGAUAUUUGCACUGGGAAGGAGAAAUUGGAGAGCCUUUCAGCACCAUUUUUUGAAAUGAGCAUGUCAGGCCACAGCUACAACAUAUACAAUGCUGUCUAUGCUGUUGCCUAUGCUUUACAUGGUAUGUCCUCAUCUAUAUUCAGACACAGAGCAAUGGAAGGAAAAGUGGGAGUGAAGCAUCAGAAUAAACAAAUGUGGCAGUUGCAGCCUGUUUCUUUAUGUAAUAAGAGGUGCCAUCCUGGCUUUAGGAAGAAAGUGAAGGAUGGGGAACCAUUUUGCUGCUAUGAUUGUAUCCCAUGUCCUGAAGGGAAGAUCGCAGGCCAAGAGGACAUGAAUGAUUGUGAUAUGUGCUCAGAAGAAAAAUAUGCGAAUAAUAAUCAGGAUGAGUGCAUUCCCAAGGAUAUAAGCUUCUUGUCCUUUGGAGAACCUUUGGGAGUCAGUUUAGUCUAUUUCGCUCUUUCCCUUUCUUUGGUGACAGCUCUGGUGCUGUGGACAUUUAUGAAGCACCAUGACACACCUAUUAUCAAGGCAAACAAUCGGGACCUCACCUACACUCUCCUCAUUGCCCUUCUCUUCUGCUUCCUUUGUGCACUGCUAUUCAUUGGACAGCCAGAGAUGGUGAGAUGUCUCCUCCGACAAAUUGCUUUUGGCAUCAUCUUCUCAGUAGCUGUUUCUUGCAUAUUGGCAAAAACCAUCACAGUAGUUCUCGCUUUUAUGGCCACCAAACCUGGAUCCAGGAUGCGGAAGUGGGUAGGGAAGAGAAUGACCUCUUCCAUUGUGGCUUCCUGCUCCCUUAUUCAAGCAGCUGUCUGUACUAUGUGGCUUGGAUUCUCACCCCCAUUCCCAGAUGUUGACAUGCACUCAAUGGCUAAUGAAAUUGUUCUAGAAUGUAACGAGGGAUCUGUUACUAUGUUUUACUGUGUCCUGGGCUACAUGGGCUUCCUGGCUCUUGUCAGCUUCACUGUGGCUUUCCUUGCCCGGAAGCUACCUGACAGUUUCAAUGAAGCCAAGUUCAUCACUUUCAGCAUGCUGGUCUUUUGCAGUGUUUGGGUAUCUUUUGUCCCAACCUACCUCAGCACCAAGGGAAAAUACAUGGUUGCUGUGGAGAUCUUUUCUAUCUUAGCCUCUAGUGCUGGUCUGCUAGGUUGCAUCUUUGCCCCCAAAUGCUACAUUAUUUUGUUGCGACCUGAGCUGAACAACAGGGAGCAUCUAAUAAGAAAUAAGGCUUGA